UGAGCGCUAUCUUCCCCUCACUCGCAAUGAGCUGCAGCUUUCCCCAACCCCCGCUUCCUCCCCCACCGGCUGAGAAGCACUCGCAUUCAAGGCCCUCCUCGAGCAACCUUGAAACCCUGCGCUCGGCCUCCGAGGCUGGUAAGAAGAGAUCAUGGGACGAGAGAAGGCUGGUGGGCUCCGUCGACUACGACAAGGGCGAGAGCAGCGUUUCUGUCGAGGUGGCCGGCGUUGGUCGGGAACAGAUACCGGCGCGAUAUCGUCUCCGUGUCUAUGGUAGUCGAUUGCAGAAGGAUUGGAAGUUAUCGGAGGUAGUCGAGCGGCUGCUCAGACUCAACCACUGGGACGAUGUGGACGCCGUCCUCAAUUGCUGGGUGGGCCGCUUCGCAAGGAAGAAUUUUGUACUGCUUAUUAGGGAGAUGAGCAAUAAAGGCUCCCUUGAAUGUACUGUUCAAGUUUUUCAGUGGAUGAAAGCUCAAAAGAACUAUUGUCCUCAUACUGACAUUUACAACAUGAUGAUAAGAAUGCAUGCCAGGCAUAACCAGAUUGAUCAAGCACGCGGUCUUUUUUUUGAGAUGCAAGAAUGGAGAUGCAAACCUGAUGCUGAAACCUACAAUUCAUUAAUCAGUGUGCACGCACGAGCUGGUCAAUGGCGGUGGGCUACAAAUAUAGUGGAAGAUAUGCUUCGCGUUGCUAUUCCACCCACUCGAUCUACUUACAAUAAUUUGAUAAAUGCUUGUGGAUCAAGUGGUAACUGGAAAGAGGCAUUAAAGAUUUGUAAGAAAAUGACAGAAAAUGGCGUUGGACCAGAUUUAGUUACUCACAAUAUCAUUUUGUCUGCUUUUAAAAGUGGCGGCCAAUAUGCCAAAGCGCUCUCUUACUUCGAACUGAUGAAGAAAACAAAUAUUUCUUCAGACAUAUUUACUUUUAACAUCAUCAUACAUUGCUUUGUCAAGCUCAGACAAUACGGAAGAGCCGUCGAAAUAUUCAACUCACUAAUAAACAAAAGAGCAGAAUGUCGUCCUGAUGUUGUAACCUUUACCAGCAUCAUGCACGCAUAUUCUAUUUGCGGACAAGUAGCGAACUGUAAGACGGUGUUCGAUAUGAUGCUUGCCGAAGGGAUGAAACCAAACAUUGUUUCAUUUAACGCCCUUAUGGCGGCCUAUGCUUCACAUGGAAUGCAUGAAGAAGCAUCUGCAACUUUCGAUGAAAUUAUGAAAACAGGCUACCGACCCGAUGUUGUGUCCUAUACUUCCUUGCUUAAUGCUUAUGGUCGAUCCGGACUGUACGAAAAGGCUCGGGAAAUCUUUGACAUGAUGAGAAAGCGCUCAUGUAGGCCAAACAUAAUUACUUACAAUGCGUUGAUUGAUGCUUAUGGAUCUGCGGGAAUGCUUUCUGAGGCCGUUCGGGUGCUUCGUGAAAUGGAAGGGAAUGGGAUUCAACCAGACAAUGUCACUUUGAGUACUCUCCUGGUUUCUUGUGGCCGCUGUGGUCAGAUUGGGAAGAUCAACUCUAUACUUUCGUUGGCCAAGUCCUUAGGCAUUGAAAUGAACACCACUGCACAUAAUUCGGCUAUUGGGAGUUUUAUGGCGGUUGGGGAGUACGGCAAAGCCGUAGCUUUCUAUAGGAUGAUGAUGGAGAAGAAUGUGAGACCUGAUUCUACCACAUUCAACAUAUUAAUAUAUGGUUCUUGUAAGUUAGAAAAUUUUGACCACUGUUUUGAGUUUUUGGAUGAGAUGAAAGAACUAAACAUUCAUAUAUCCAAGGAAGUGUAUUCCUCUCUAAUCUGUGCACGUAUUAAGCAGGGAAACUUAGCAGAAGCUGAAAAAACUUUUUCAAUGAUGAAGGCUUGUGGUUGUCUACCUGAUGUUAUUACGUACACUUCCAUGAUAAGUGCAUACCGUACAACAGAUGACUGGAGGAAGGCAUGGGAUGUUUUCGUGGAAAUGAAAGUGAAUAAUAUCCAACCGGAUCCCAUUGCAUGCUCAGCACUCAUGGAAGUUCUCAAUAGAGGAUGCCAACCAGCAUUGGUUCUUCAAUUAGUGAAGAUCAUGAGGGAAGAAAACAUCCUCCUGAAUUCCCGCGCCUUCUUUGAGAUAGUAUCAGCUUGUAGCAUUCUAAGGGAUUGGAAAACGGCGAGUGAAUUAGUUGAAAACAUGGAGGUUUCACUCUCAUUACUAUCUGUUGGGCUUCUAAAUCAACUUCUGCUUUUUCUUGGAAAAAGUGGAAAGAUCGAGACUAUGAUGAAGUUAUUUCACAAGAUCAUAGCUUCCGGAAGUGCAGUCAGCUUUACCACUUAUUCAGUUGUAUUGAAGAACCUUCUGGCUGCUGGUAGAUGGAGGAAAUAUAUUGAGAUAUUACAAUGGAUGGAGGAUGGAGGGUUACGACCAUCACUUCAAAUGUAUCGCAGUGUUCUUUCCCAUGUUUUAAAGGACAAAAGCAUGAAGCAUGCUGUUCUCAUUCGAGAAAGAAUAAAUUCACUGAGGGAAAAGGUUGGCUGAAAUUCAUUAUAAAAAAGUUCCAAAUACUCCAAUCCAGUUCGAUUUACAGAGGAGCACAGAUCCAGAGCAAAGAUUUGUCUCUGUUCAAGCAGAUUGAGAAAUCAGAAACUAUGGCUCCAGUUGAUUUGUGAAACAGCUUUCAUGUUACGUCACCUGUAAGAAGAUCGGGGAAGCUGAUGUUUUUUCUCUACAACGGGUUCUGAAUUCAACGGUUGGUAAUCAAUGAGUGCUUGGGCUCUGCUUUUCUACAAUAACAAUUGGGGGCAUCUGCUUAUCUGGCUUCUUCUUAAGGUUGGCAGCAAGGCUUUUAAACUUAUUUUUUUCUUGGGAAAUUUACAUAUGUACCCCAUAAUUCAUUUAGGGAUAUUUACAGACAUACUUCACGAUUCUUAUGCACCCGAAGUUUGAUAUUUGCACUUGUAACAUGGUGUCAUAAAUUUAUACAUUAAAAUAUAUGUUUCACUUUUCAGAAGAUAGU